AUGGCACGACUACAAGUUAAUCACGUAAAGAGCGUAGCAAAGAUGUUACUUGCAAAGAAAAGCUCGAAAAACACAGUAGCCCAAAGCUUUGGUCUAUGCUCAGUCUGUUCACAUGCUCUCUCUACACCUACUUGGUGUCAAAGCUGUCAAGCCGCUUAUUUUCAAUCAUUUUUUUCGACCUGGUCUUCAUCAUCACCUGCUCUCAACACUCUCAUCCAACAAUCACAACUUAAUGCACAACAUGAACAUGAUUAUGUCGAGUGGAUCAAUUAUGACAGAAUCGAGCAAGUUCGACUUCUUAACAAGGGACAUUUCGGUGUAGUUUAUAAAGCAAUAUGGCUCGAUGGGCCGAGAAAAGUAUGGGACGAGAAAAAAGGGUGGACGAGAUCGGGAUGUACUAAAAUUGUCAUGAAAGCACUGAACGAUGAUAAUAACAUGUCGUCAUUCGAUGAAAUAAUGAGAGAGCUCGACACUAACAUAAAAUGCUCAUCUCAAGCACGAGGAGUAUUGCGUUGCUACGGCAUAACCAAAGAUCCCUCAACCGACACAUACAUGCUAGUUCUCGAAUGUUGCGCCAACGGCGAUUUACGUAAAUUUCUUCAAACAUCCUUUUCCACACUCGACUGGCCGACCCGCCUGUCCAUUCUUCACUCGAUAAUAAGCGGAAUACGCAUAAUACACGACAAGGGAUACGUCCACCGCGACAUACACAGCGGAAACGUGUUCAUCAAAGCAAAUCUCACCGCACUGGUAGGCGAUCUCGGCCUAUGUCGAUCUGCCGACGAGCCAUUCGCAAAGGCAAAAAUCAAUGGAAUAUUACCGUACAUUGCGCCCGAGUCUCUGAUCGGUUUCGGAUUUAGCAAGGCGUCCGACAUAUAUGCGUUUGGGAUAUUAAUGUGGGAGCUGUCGACCGGGACGACUCCGUUUUCGUAUCGCGCAUACGACGACGAAUUGUCCUAUGACAUUUGUAACGGAACGCGGCCUCGCAUUCAAGUCGGUACGCCGUCUCGUUAUAUGCGAUUAAUGCAGAAAUGUUGGGCGGAGGAUCCGGAAGUGCGACCUAGUGCAGAAGAGGUGUGCGCGAUUAUUGAACAAUGGUUGCAUGAGGAUGGGGCGAAGCAAGUGGAAGCGUGUGAAGAAAAGAUAAAACCGAGUGAAGAAAAGAUAAAACCGAGUGGUGGGUGGAUGAAUAGGAUUAGAAAGCGUGGGUGUGGUGUUAAAGUAGCAAAUGAUAAUAUGUGA